CAGGCGUCGCGGUCCGGACGUCUUUCGGAACAGCCACUGCCCCGAGCCGGAAGUUGAGCCGCAUUUCGGUGGGGAAACGGGGCUGCGGGAGCGCUUCUUCCUACGGGGAGAGGCGGGCUCAGCAGGUGCCAACUGCGAGACGGUCCAGUUCUGUUAAGAACAUUUAUUUACGCCGGGCGUGGUGGCGCACGCCUUUGAUCCCAGCACUCGGGAGGCAGAGAUAGGAGACUUCCGUGAGUUCGAGGCCAGCCUGGCACUACAGAGUGAAUUCCAGGCUCAAGGGUCAAAAACCGAGACUUGAUUGGGAAGGGAACCGUGGCUGGCUAAGGAGGCAGUGUGAGAUGUGGCUUCCAGAUCGUAUGUCAAAACCAAACCCUCACCUGCUGAUGGCAGCUGCUCAGCACAGCCUGAGCCUGGGAAAAAGAAGGGGCCCUUCUCGAGCCAUCUGCCUUCACCUAGCAGGGGAGGUGCUGGCUGUGGCCCGAGGGCUGAAGCCAGCUGUACUUCCCGAAUGCAGCUCUGCAGGAGCACCCGCCCUGCAGCGCUACCUGAAGGAGCUGCAGCGGCUGGGCUUCCCCGUUCUGGGACUUCACAUUCUGGAGAUUGGAGGGAAUAACCUCAUCAUCAGUCCUCAGCAUGUAUGCCAGCGUUUGGAGCAGGUACUGCUUGGUACUGUAGCCUUGGUGGAUGUUUCCAGCUCCCAACCUCAUCCUUCUGUUUGUUCCUUGGAUCAGCUUCAGGACUUGAAGUCUCUGGUUGCUGAGGUGGUCACACAUUUGCAAGGGCUGCAGAGGGACCUGUCUCUUGGAGUCUCCUACAGCAAGCUGCAUUCCUCCGACGGGAAUCUCUGUACUGUGUUUGGGGUCCUCCUAGGCUAUCCUGUUUCUUACACCUUUCACCUGAACCACAGAGAUGACAACUGCCUAGCCUUCACUCCUCUGCGAGUGUUCACUGCCAGGAUCUCAUGGCUGCCGGAACAAGCUCCCAUCCUGCUGUACUCCUUUAGUGUCCCAGAGAGCUUGUUCCCAGGACUGAGAGACAUUCUGAGUGCCUGGGAGAAGGACCUCAGAACCCGGUUUAGGACUCAGAAUGACUUUGCUGACCUCACCCUGUCCUCUGAGGUAGUCACACUACCUGCUGUAACCCUCUGACUAAACACUGCUGGUGGAGAAGGCGUUCAUUUUGAUCAUCUCCGGGUGGAGGAUGCCAAGCAGCAUCAUUCCAAGUGUCUUGGGAAGGUUCUGAGAUCAUUUGGCUACAUGUGUGAAUGGAUAGGUGGUAGUGGGAAUGAUACUAGUACGUAUGUUCCAUUCCUGUUAGGAAGUCCUCCGUACUUGGCUGAGGUGUCUUGUUUGUUUUCAUUACAUAAGAGACAAGGAAAUAAACUGGGCAAAAACGUGUUGUGGAAGAUAAGCAAUAGAAACUUGUAUGGCACUUGCCCUAAGUGUCUUGUAGGAAAGGAGAUGGACAGCUUUCUUUUUUUUUUUAGCUUUCUUUUUUUAAAGACUACCUGUGUGUGUAUGUGUGUGUGUGUGUGUGUGUGCGCGCACGCGCGCAUGCAUGCACACAUGUGUACACAGGCAUACCAGGGUCUCUUGCUGCAAACAAAUGCCCAUCUGGCUUUAUGUAGGUGGAUGGGGAGUUGAACUCUGGUCCAGCAGCAUUUAAGCAGGCACCUUUAACCACUGAACCAUCUUCCCAGUACUGGAACUGAGCAUCUCUGCAUGUUUAUAUACCUCCAACUGAAUUAGAAGAUUGUGACGUAUAUACACACACACACACACACAUACAUGAUUAGUAUUAAACAGAGUUCCAAGGAA